AUGGACGACAACCUAUACAACGGCAUUAAACAUUACUUGGAGACACUCGAAUACCCACCGAAUACCACAACAGCAUCAAAGAAGACGAUUACAAGUCAAAGUCGACUUUACUUCGUGAAAGGCGAACAACUCUAUCGGCGAGGACCACAAACGCGAUUAGUUGUCACCAAAGAUCAAGUCAAUAGCAUCAUUUGGAGCGAACAUCAACAUCCUUUGGCGGGACAUUACAAAUUCAAGAACACCCUGGAUCGUAUACGACGGCGUUACUAUUGGCCAAGAAUGGGAAACGACAUCAAGCAAUACAUACAACAAUGCGAUCGGUGCCAAAAACAAGGAAAUCGAAUGUUACAAGAGCAACUACACCCAAUACCUGUAUCGGAGAAGCCCUUUCAAGAAAUCAGCAUGGACAUCAAGCAUGUACCCAUAUCUCGAGCAGGACACAAAUACGUUAUUGCGGCGAUUUGUCUCUUCACUAAAUUCUUUGAGGCUAAAGCACUCAAAUACAUCACGGCGACUGAAGUUUCAUACUUCCUUUAUUCAAGAAUCAUUUGCCAACAUUCGACUCCCAAAUACAUCAUAACUGACAACGGCAAAAGCUUCGUAAACGAAAUAUUUGCUACCGUUUGUCAACAAUACUCGAUCACACACAAAUUGGCGUCAACCUAUCACCCGGAGACCAAUGCAAACAUCGAACGAUGGAAUCGAACUUUCGGGCAAAUCCUACGUACCCUACCGGAAGAAGAAAAGCGAGAUUGGCAUCUCUAUUUGCCUGCAAUCGUCUAUGCAAGCAGGACCACAAGACACAAAUCAACAAAACACACCCCAUUCUUCCUCACUUAUGGUCGAGACCCCCAUUCACCUUUGGACCGACAUUUGGAGGAUCACGAUGACGAUGAUGAUGAAGAUUUAGAUGAGGAUGAAAAUCAAGAUGAAACAGAAAAAGAAAUAGAAAAAGAAGCAGAAAAAGAAGAAAAGCAAAUAAAAGAGAUCAUAGCACAUUUCAAAUGCCACAUAGAGCAAAUCAAACAAAUCAGAGCACAAGCAUUAGAGGCUAUUUGCAAGUCUCAGGAGACCCAAAAAAGACGUUUCGAGAAGAAAAUCUUAUCCACCAAAAGAGAGCUUAAACCCCCAUUCAACAUUGGCGACCACGUGCUUGUAUACAAUUCAAGCUUGGAUUCCAAGCUUUCGAAGCUUUGGCAGCAAUGGGAUGGACCAUACAUCAUACACAAGGUCAAACGGCGAGGCACAUACAUUCUCAAGACGCUCAACGGCGACACACUACCAGGACCAGUACAUGGCAAUCGCAUGAAGAUAUAUCGAUUACCGCACACGGAAUGCAGGACAAUGCAGCAUCAUGCAUCCAUCUUUCCUGAAACACAAGAUAAUGCAAAUCAAAUCACCAGCAGCUCAUCUGAUGACAAUGAUCAUUCCAAUGACGAAACAACAACCGAUACCAGUGAUACGGAUGGCUACUCCACACCACCAGGUCUUACACGACUGCGGCCCAUCAUUGAGAUCCCUACCUUACCAUCCUCAUUACAACAACAAAUACAACAACAAAUACAGCAAAGAUCACGCUGA